AUGGCAGGCGGCCGGGCAGCGCUCUCCCUUCCUCAGCCAAUUGCAUCUUCAACCGCUCCCGGAGGAGUAUCGUUAGUUGUCCCACAACCCAACAUCAACGCAACAGUGGCACAAAACAUCCUCCUCUCAGUUGAAUACUCUUGCAGAGGCGUCGCCACCAUUGAGUGGAAGCAUGUGUCGAGCUGGGGCACCACCAAAAUUGUUGAGUGGAAAAGUGGGAAUUAUGUCAACAUAUCCACGGUCUACAAGGACAGAGUGACUACUUUUGAAAAUGGCUCUAUAGAGCUUCUGAACGUGGGCAUGAGAGAUGCCGGCUACUAUUUUAUCACUGUAACAGAGGAACAUGGAACCAACACCUAUGGCACUAUCAUAGUCAACGUUUACGAGAUUAUCUAUGAAGAUUUACAUUUUGUAGCAGUUCUCUUUGCAUUUCUCGCUGCAGUAUCUGCCAUUUUGAUCUGCUUCAUGUGGCUGUGUAAUAAAUCUCUGCAUCUAUUUCAGAAGAAGACGACACACAAACUAACAGCAAGUACAACUGAAGAGAUUGAAUUGGAAACCAUUGAGUGUUAG